CCCUCGCCGCCGCCGCCUCCGCCGCUUUGCCCCAAUCCGGAGCCGGAGAGGGGAGGCGAGGGCGGCUUUAAAACCCGGCGCUUUUGCGGGCGGAGAGCAGUCGGGCCCAAAGAGCGCCUGGCCGAAGGAGGGCGCCCGGGUCCUUCAGGGUCUCCGUGGGCGUCUUCCUCCCUCCUCCCUCCCUUCCUUCCCGGGGAGCUUCGGGAGGCGGCCGUCCCUCGUCCACGCCUUGCCCGCAGGAGCGGAGUCCCAGCUCGGAGGGAAGGAGGCAUGUGGCGAGGAGGAGACUGAGGGCCCGGCUGCCUUGCCCUGCAGGAGCACGUGCCUUGAAGAUCCAUGUGCAGAUAUUAGUGCUUAAAUACCCUGAAGAUUCAUGUAUAGACAAGACAGCACAAAGGUUGGAAAAGAUUAUGAAGCCUGACUCUGGGAGUGAUUUGAAACACUAUGUCCAGCCCUUGUAGGCAGUUUUGCAACCACUGUGGGAGUGAUUUGAAAUACUGUGUCCAUCCCUUGUAAGGUGUAUUGUAACCACUGUGGGAAUAGUACUUCUUUCUAUUAGUAAUGGGGAGUGCACAUUUGCACCAGCUCUUGAGCAGCCAGAAGCAAAUCUAUGUGAAUCAGAGCUUUGUCACAAUGCUGGGUGACUUGCAAGGAUGAAAUCUAAUCAUUCACUUCUAAUCACAGACAGUGGUUGAGCUGGGAUUCUUGGUGCAUUGUCAAGCCACAGAUAAGAUGUAAAGAGCUGGCUCAUUCUCUUAUCUUGGACCAUUCUUGUGACAAAUGCAGGGGAGCUUUUCCAAGGAGUUUCCCUAGGAUGAUCCCCACCCACCCCUCUUCAGUUGUGCACAAUAUUAUUCUGUUUUGCCAACUUCACCUCUUUUCUAAGCAGCCAUUUAGAAUGACACUAUACCAUAUAUAAUAUAUUUAUUUUAAGUCAAUCUCAUGUCUAAGUCAAGGGCGGGUUUUGAGGCCAAGAUUAUGCAUUUUUGUAUGAUCCAUGGAUAACUAGAGAGUCAUUCCAUGAAGAGGGGAAAGCAACCAUACCAGAUCAGGGGACCAUCCAGUUCUGAAUGCUGUUGCCGUUUCCUCACCCAGGUAUUCAAAAAAGGCAGAAGUGGCAUCACGACAGAGAGAGUUACUUCUUGUUUUAGGCUUUCUCAGGCAAGACUAAGCUCUUGCCUUUCAUCACUCUGCUCAGAGAAGGGGAUGUUCCUUUCUUGAUAAGAGUGAACGUACUAUACUCUCACUGAUUCGUGGAUACGUUGAAUCAGGUUUUUGGGGCUUAUAUUUGACUAAAGUUUCUGGACUUAUACAUGAGCACAGAAUAUAGAAUAGAUGUAUCUGGUUUCCUAAAAUGAAUGCUACCUAUUUGUACCAUUUUUAGGAAUUAAGGGGUUGAAAGAAGUUGAUGCCUAUAACAUGCAGUUGGCUCACUGAACCCUUUAGCCUGUUCCAGUUGUGACUCAGCCUCCAGAAAAGGGAUGUUAUUCCCUACUUCAGGAUGAAUGAAUGCCACUACGAUAAGCGUAUGGACUUUUUUUAUAACAGGAGUAAUGCAGCCACAGCAGAUGAAUGGUCAGGAACAUCCCUCGUCAUUGUUUUAUGCUUUGGGACUUUCUUUUGCCUCUUCAUUUUCCUUUCAAAUUCACUGGUCAUAGCGGCUGUGGUCAAAAACAAGAAAUUUCACUUCCCAUUCUACUACUUGUUAGCCAACCUAGCAGCGGCAGACUUUUUUGCUGGCAUUGCCUACGUGUUUUUGAUGUUCAACACUGGCCCAGUCUCAAAAACAUUAACUGUCAAUCGGUGGUUUCUGCGCCAGGGGCUUUUGGAUACAAGCCUGACAGCUUCUCUGGCCAAUUUGUUAGUCAUUGCUGUGGAGCGGCACUUGUCUGUUGUUCGGAUGAGGGUCCACAGUAACCUCACAAAGAAGAGGGUCACUUUUUUCAUCCUGUUGAUCUGGGCCAUAGCCAUUUUCAUGGGUGCAGUGCCCACGUUGGGAUGGAACUGUCUUUGUGACAUUUCAACCUGCUCUUCCCUGGCUCCUAUUUAUAGUAGGAGUUACUUGAUAUUCUGGACAGUCUCCAACCUGGGAGUUUUCUUCAUCAUGGUGGUGGUGUACAUAAGAAUCUACAUGUACGUCCAGAGGAAAACCAACGUUUUGUCCCCACACACAAGUGGAUCCAUCAGCCGCAGGAGAACUCCAAUGAAGCUUAUGAAGACUGUCAUGGCGGUGUUAGGUGCAUUCGUUGUAUGUUGGACUCCUGGUCUUGUCGUUCUCCUUCUCGAUGGCUUGAAUUGCACUCAUUGUGAGGUUCAGAAUGUGAAAAGGUGGUUUCUUCUCCUGGCUCUGCUGAAUUCGGUUAUGAAUCCAAUCAUUUACUCUUUUAAAGAUGAUGAAAUGUCAAGUACUAUGAGACGUAUGAUCUGCUGCUCUUUCGAGGACAGAAACCAAGAGCGCCGGUCUUCCAGGAUCCCCUCCACAGUCUUCAACAGGAGCACAGAUUCCUCCAGCCAAUAUUUUGAAAAUGGCAUUGGCCAAGGAAUUAUCACAAGCAAAGAAAAUGCCUGAGUGAACCUUGUUUCUCUUGAAAUGGUGAACUACAGCAGAGAGUGGGGUGCAAUGUCAGCAAGGGGAAUGAGCUCUGAACUGGUUGAGAUCCAUUGACCCCAACUCUUAACGUUGGAACACUUAGAAGACUAUAUUCUGUGAACCAAAACCCAAAUCAAAGGGUUACCUGACGUAUUUGUAAAUAAUUACUAGCUAUGAAAAAAUGCACUUGAAAGGAUGAAAAAAAAAGAACGAGUGUUUUUAUUCUACAGUGCUUCUUUAAGUGCAGAGAAAGCCCAAUCCCAUGCUUGCUGUGUAAAGUAGUAUAGUCCAGCAGGACAAACCAUGUAACAAAUAUCAGGGAUAUGUUGUGGAUAUUGACAGCAGCAUUCCCUUGACUAUUCUUCCUGAGCUUUCCAGGUGUUCUUUGGGGGACAUUUCUCACCUCUAACGUGGUCUAUUAUCCUCAUAUCUAGCUCUUUCCCCAUUUCCCAGUUGGUAGUUCAGUCAGCUUCUUUACAUUAAUAGGAGUGGAGGUUCCAUCUUCAUCAAACAUAGUUAACUUGUUGAGAGCCAAGCCAGAAUUGCCAUCUGGUCCCAUGCAUGCUUCCUUAGAAGACUGUCUCAUAUUGCCAAAGUGGAAAGAUUCCCAAAUGAAUGCCCUGAAUUGUAGUUCAAUGUCUGCUCUGAACUUGGUGGAAUCAGGCUGUUUAAUCCCCUGCAGUGUACAGUGUGCAUGCACCCACAAUUGAACUUUUCAAUAAGUGUUUUCCAGGACGUAAGUGAGUGUUAUAAAACCUAACUUUGUCUUGUUUGUAUGCAUCAUUUUUCCCAGUGUAAUGGUUUCUAGGCAAGCCAGAUUCCUUCUGGAGGGAAAGGGGAGUACAAUAAACAUCUUAAGUAAAGUAAGAGCAUGUGGUGAGCUCCCUGUCUGCCAAAUCAUCCCACACAUCUGAGACUUUGGUGGUUUGUUAAUAUUCGUGGACAUUUGCUCUUCUAAAUCAUCUCCUUCCACUUCCAUUGAAGGGCUGACUUUGCAGGUUGAGGGUGGCAUCUUUUCAAACCUUUAAUCUUAUCUGUUGCCAGUGGAAGACCACUGAAAGUUCAGUUAGCAGUGCUGAAAUCCUGAAAAACUGGGCUUUCAAAAAGUGUGAAUUUUAUAAAAGCAUGUGGUUGAUGUUAAGACCAAAAAAAACCAAACAAACAAACAAACAAACAAAAAACCCCUGUGUCGAGGUAUUUGUGCACUUGUGUCUUAUGGGUUCAGCUUCCUCUCAGCUUUUUGAAAUCUGAAAGGACAUCGGCAAGUACAUGAAAUUGUACAUAAUUGUAUUCCAAUAUAUGUAUGUUUAUUUGUUUUGAAAUCCUAAUUCAUUUGUAUAGAUUAAUUUUCACACUGUGUUUUAAAAGUGGUUUUACCGUCUGUGGACUGUGUGUGAGAUCAGGAGUCUAUUUUGUGCGAUGGUCUAAUGUCUUAUUAAAUGUUUUGUUUGACGUUGAGGAUCAUAUUCAGACAGUGGACCUCUUCUGGAAGAAAGUGACUAAGAAAACCUCUGCUAAUUGUGUUACUCGAAAUCAUUGUUUUAAAAAUUAAUAAUAGGCACCCAGGGAAGUACGUUUUAAGCACUAGCUUGCAUCAAACAAACCCCCUUUUAACAUGCUGUAGUAGAGCUUUUAAAAAAACUGCUCACAAUGGUAGUGGUACCUAUAAUUAAAUAGAAAACAUGGCCUGGUUUUAAGUGACUCAGUGGUGUGUUUUAACUAGACCCUGAGAUUUUGGCCUCAAAUACUUCUAGAAAAUAAGACAGCAAUCUGAUGCUUCUGUAGGAGAGAUGUAUCAUUUUAAAAAAUGUGUGCGUGUUUAUUUAUUCAACUGCAUGAAUGUUUUAGAUUGUGCAUUGUCUAGGUUUGGGAAAAGUAAGGGUCAAGCCAGGCAUUGGGGGGAAUACGUAUUUACGCAAUCAACAAUUUUCCCACCCACAAUGGGAUUUCCUCAGAGAUGUCUGCCUUAACAUUCAGGUUUGUAAACUAAGUCCAUGUUUACUUUCCAGUGACAGAGGACUAAACAAAGCGUACUGAAUGCAAAAUAGGAUAGAUAAUUAUCCUAUACAGAAUCUUUUGCUACUUUAGGGGAGCUCUCAAAAUCAUGCUAAACCCAUUAUCUAGUUUAACCUUACAUGAGUAGAUGGAAAUUGAGGGAGAGACAGAGAUUUGGAUAUACUACUUUCUAUUCGUGUAUAUAUUCCAUAUGAAAGACAAACAAGAUUCCAGGCCUGCUUAGAUCUUCUGGGAUAAUUCUACAUAAACAUUUGUGAACCAGGUGUGAUACAACUGACAUUCUGUGUUCAAUGAAAAUGGCAGUUGCAACUGGCAGAAAAGCAUUUCCAAGGCACAUGGCAUUGAGAAUCUGAUCAAAAUUUGAUGCGAGAUCUUCUGAGCCCAGCUAGCAAAGGAUGAAUUAUCUUGCUUUACUAAUGUUCACGAUACACCAAUGUUCUGUAAGUUUGUUUUGCUAAUAAUAGAAUAGCAGAAAUCUUCUCUGUCUCUCAAUAAGUUAGUCCCAUAGUUUUACUCUCCCUCAAAUCCUUCUAUGUGUCCCUUUGAUCCCAUUCCCUCCUGACUCAAGAAGCACUACUGUAGGGCACAAUGGCUACCUGACUUGGCCUUCACCACCUAAACUAAGACCCCUUCCACACAGCUGAUUAAAAUCCCACAUUAUCUGCUUUGAACUGAAAUAUAUAGCAGUGUGGACUCAGGCAACCCAGUUCAAAGCAAAUGUGGGAUUUUCUGCCUUGAUAUUCUGGGUUAUAUGGCUGUGUGGAAGGACCCUAAAUUGCUGCCUUCAACUUAUGUACAUGAAAACGGAUGUUCUGUGUGUGCACAUAUGCACACACCACCUUGUCCUUUUCCUCAGGCAGCAAAUCAUCUUGGCUAGGCCCUGAUAACCCAAAACUGUUGCUAAUUUGAAGCCCUGUUUUCAAAAAGUGCUUUUUCAAUGAAUCUAAUGAGCAAACUUUGAUUUUCUAGAAAAAGGAACAUAUACUAAUCCUUAUACCAGUUGGUUAUAUUUUGAAAUGGUGUGAGUGUUUUGUUCCCUGUGAUGGUACCUCUAUAAACGCAAGACUGAAGCAUGCUAGUCAUGUGCCAUUGCGUAUCCUGCAAUGACUAUUAUUGUAAUAUUUGCUGUUGUCGAUUUUGUAAAAUAAUGCCACAGGAGAUUCCAGAGUGGAACAAAUAAACUUUAUUUAACACUGCAUAA